CGAACUACCUGGUUUACAUGGCGAGUGCGUAGGGAGGAUUAGGCGCACAGGGUGUUUACAUGGUGGCUAAAUACAGAAGAUUAGACGUACAGGGUGUUUACAUGGUGACUAAGUACAGAAGAUUGGACGGGCAGGGUGUUUGCUGACUUCUUUCAGUAAACCUCGGAUGUGUGACUUGUUUUUCACAGGCCAUGGCGUUUUUGUCGCACACGGAUGAUUUGUUCGACUCAAUUCUUAUGGCAGAUGACAGGUUCCACACCCAGGGAUACCGGGACGGCUUCGAGGAAGGCAGCCGUGAGGGAACGAUGGAGGGACGACAUCACGGGGCGCUUCACGGAGCCAGACUGUCUGCUGAGGUCUCUUUUUACCAUGGCUUUGCCCUCGCAUGGAAAUUUCUGAUUCAAAACCACGAGGAAGUUAAAGCAAGAAAGCAAUUGAAAGCAGUUGAGUCUCUGGUUGGUUUAAUCCAAAGGUUUCCACAUGAAGAUCCACAGUAUGAAAACCUCCAGGAAGACACGGCAAAAAUUAGGGCAAAGUUUCGACAGGUAUGUUCUUUACUGAACGUGGUUGCAGACUUUCGUGAGUAUGUUGGCGGAUCAUCACAAAUGUCAUUCUGAAAAAUGGCGGAGAUGUCAAACCCUGCAGGAGGAGGCUCAGAGAUCCUGCCAAGCAUCCCACCGUGUUACAGAGAGAAGAGAAAUGGGCAUCUACACAGGCGGAUGUGAAAAUCGAGAGUUAAGGCUUUGUGUGGUGCUCUCAAAACCUUUUAUGCUUUAGUGUAUUGGGGAAAGACUGAGGCUUCCAUGUAGCUGGCCAAAGUAAUUAAGCCAACAAGGCAGUCAGAUAAUGAUAACAGGAUUUUAUGAGUGCUGUCAAAGACACUUGUGUCUUUAAGAUGCAUGAUGGAGAAUGUGAGUAAAUCUGGGAUCAUUGAAGUGGUGGAUUUGCCUUCAUCUCAUUGCUCCAGUUCUCUUGUUGAGCAGUUUAAUUUUAUGAUGAUGCUUGAAACGCUUAUAUAGUUAAAUGAACUUUGGGCGUGCAAGUUGAAGUACAUACACCAUCUUGUGGUGAAAUAGAACAGUCAGUUGUUCAGCUCUGCAGUCUCCCUCUGCUGGACAAAAUCAGAACUGCUAGACUGGCAUUGAUUGAAGAAUAUUUAUAGACCGUUUAUUUGAAUAUUCAUGCUGAUGAUUGAAAGCAUUUACUGGAGCAUUUCGCCCCAUUGUCUAUAGAUUGAGAGACUCCUUACAUGGAAUUACAUUAAAGUAAUUGGUAACAGAUGGGUCAAAGUACGCAUGUUGGCAUUUUAUGUAAGCGUGCCAAUUUUGGAUAUCUUUGUUAAGGGUUGAUGGGUUAGAAACUUCUUUUUAAAUUCCAAUUUACAUCGUCAUUUGGACUUAAGCCAGUGAUGCUCCUUUGCAUACUACCAUAAUUAUUUGUUAAUGACAACGUUAUGAGUGAGUGAAUGAUGAGUCUUGGCCAAGGGAGUCAGCCAGUAUUUUAUGGUUUUUAUUUAUUUAUGUUUUUAUUUAUUUAUUUUUGAAUCUGUACUUUCAGGGAUGAGGUUUUCCAAUAAUAAACUGAUUCUUCUUUGU